ACCCACCAGCUGGGCAUCCAAUCGGAUCCUCGCCACCGCUAGGCCGCAACCCGGGCUGCCACCGCGUGGGGAGGCUCCGCAGAGCUGGAACUGAGCCGUGUCAGGUGCUGAAGGAAGAGAUCGAGAUGAAUGCUGAGCCUGAGAGGAAAUUUGGUGUGGUAGUGGUUGGUGUUGGCAGAGCUGGCUCCGUGAGGAUAAGGGACUUGCGGAAUCCACAUGCUUCUUCGGCAUUCCUGAACCUGAUUGGCUUCGUGUCCAGUGGUGUUCUUUCCCUGGAUUUCUGUUUCCAAAGGCAGUUUCUUCAGGCUGGCAAGCACGUCCUGGUGGAAUACCCUAUGACACUGUCCUUGACAGCAGCUCAGGAGCUGUGGAGCCUGGCUGAGCAGAAAGGAAAAGUCAUGCAUGAAGAGCAUGUGGAACUCUUGAUGGAAGAAUUUGCAUUCCUGAAAAAAGAAGUGGUGGGGAAAGAGCUGCUGAAAGGGUCUCUUCACUUCACAGCUGGACCACUGGCAGAAGAGCAAUUUGGCUUCCCCGCAUUCAGUGGCAUUUCUCGCUUGACCUGGCUGGUCUGCCUCUUUGGGGAGCUUUCUCUUGUUUCUGCCACUUUGGAAGAGCGAAAGGAAGAUCAGUAUAUGAAAAUGACUGUGCAUCUCAAGACUGAGAACAAAUGUCUGCUGUCCUGGAUUGAAGAGAAAGGACCUGGUUUAAAACGAAACAGAUACUUAAGCUUCCAUUUCAAAUCUGGAUCCCUGGAGAAUGUGCCAAAUGUAGGAGUCAAUAAGAACAUUUUUCUGAAAGAUCAGAAUAUAUUUGUUCAGAAGCUCUUGGGCCAGGUCUCUGAGCAGGAACUUGCUGCUGAAAAGAAGCGCAUCCUGCACUGCCUGGGGCUGGCCGAGGAGAUCCAGAAGCUCUGUCGCCCAGAGAAGUAGACGGGAGGCAGCAAUACCGCCAAGGUGGGGCCAGAGUUUGGUCAUACCGACAGUUCACUUUUAGGUUCUCUUCUUACAAUUAAACAUGGUUGAGUAAAUUGAA